AGGCUGUGUUUCAAAGGCUGCCGCCCCUCUCUACGAGCCCCGGCGCGGAGCUGGGCUGGGCUGGGCGGUGAGCGGGCUCCGCUCCGUGCCGGUGGCAGCGCGGUGGGGGCACCGGGCACCGCGGCCCCUCCUGGCCGGGGCCCGCGGGCACCGUGCCCGCUCUGCCUCGGGAGCGGCUGCGGAGCGUCCUCAGAGGCUCCAGCUGCUUUUAUGCUGGGUGUUCCCCAUCGGCGCGAAGCAUUUUUUCCUGCAGCUGGCAAGGACCAAGCUCUUCCCUCAGCUCGAGGUUAAUCAUCUGCUUGCAAUUAACCUGUGACCUCCCCCGCCCGCGGCGCUGCAGCUUUAACGCGGGCGGGGGAGCGGCGGGGGGACAGCAGCGCCGGCUCCGGCCCCGCCGCGCAUCCCGAGCCUGCCAUGGACACCCGCAGCCUCCUGGCCGCCCUCCUGGCCGCUGCCCUCGCCGCCCUCCUGCCGCUUCCCGCCGCCUCCUCGGCCCACCGCAAGCUCCUGGUGUUCCUGCUCGACGGCUUUCGCUUCGACUACAUUGAUGACAGCGAGCUGGAGGGUCUGCCGGGCUUUCGGGACAUUGUCAACAUGGGGGUGAAGGUGGAUUACAUGACCCCAGACUUCCCCAGCCUCUCUUACCCAAAUUACUACACACUGAUGACAGGUCGCCACUGCGAGGUCCAUCAGAUGACUGGAAACUACAUGUGGGACCAGAAGGCAAAUGUAUCAUUUGAUAUUGGUGUGAACAAAGAAAGCCUGCUGCCUCUCUGGUGGAAUGGAUCAGAGCCUUUGUGGGUCACGAUGAUGAAAGCUAAAAAGAACGUUUCCAUGUACUACUGGCCAGGUUGCGAGGUGGAAAUCCUUGGAGUCAGACCAAGUUACUGCCGCGAGUACUUCAGUGUCCCAACAGACAAAAACUUUGCAGAUGCCAUCAGCGAUGCCCUCGAGUCUCUGUGCAACAACAGCGCCGAGAUGGCCGCAGUGUACUACGAGCGCAUCGAUGUGGAGGGCCACCACUACGGCCCUUCGUCCCAGCAGCGCAAGAACGCUUUGAAGGAAGUGGACAAAGCCUUGAGCAACAUGAUCUCACUCAUCAAGAGAAAAGGCCUUCAGAAUGAUAUCAACGUCCUCCUUUUCUCUGAUCAUGGGAUGACAGACAUCUCUUGGGCAGAUAAAGUGAUUGAGCUGAAAAACUAUAUCAAUAUGAGUGAUACCAUACAAAUGAAAGACCGAGGUCCUGUUGUGAGCCUCUGGCCAACUCCAGAGAAGCAUGCAGAGAUAUAUCAAAAAUUGAAAGCUGUGGAACACAUGGAUGUUUAUAACAUACAGGAUAUUCCAAACAGGUUUUUCUACAAAAAAGGAAAAUUUGUGUCUCCACUAACUCUCGUGGCUGAAGAAGGAUGGUUCAUAGUAGAGAGCAGAGACAAGCUGCCCUACUGGGAGAACGGGACGGGGAGGAAGGAGGCCUGGCAGAAUGGCUGGCAUGGCUACGACAACGAGCUCAUGGACAUGAGAGGCUUCUUCCUCGCAUAUGGACCAGAUUUCCGAUCCAACUACCGAGCGCCUCCCAUCAGAUCUGUGGAUGUUUACAACAUCAUGUGCAGCCUGGCAGGAGUACAGCCACUGCCCAACAAUGGCUCCUGGUCCAGGGUGGAGUGCAUGCUCCGAAACACAGCCCCCUUGGCACCACUCCCCCCGCGCAGCAGCUGUGUCCUGGCACUAGCUCUGCUCUCCCUGUUCUCCAGGCAGAUCUCCUUACUGUGACCCCUGAACAAUGUCAGUCAGUGUCACCAGCAACUCCAUCCUUCUCUGUUUGUUUUUUUAAAGUUUUUCAUUUGAAUAAUAGCAUCAUUAAUAGAGUGCUGUCCCCCACUCUUCCAUUGUGCUCCACCAGGCAUGAAUCUGACCAAUCCUGCAUUUACAAUGAUUUUAAUAUGAAGCCAGGUUUUGUGCUGCUCCAAACACAGCUAGGGACAAUGGUGUCACUCACCUAGAUUUACAGCACUGCCAGUGAGGGCAGAAUCCUGGCUGGGUAUCCACAAAGUUUUCUGGUGGGUGCACAUGGGGAUCUCUGAGCACCAAACACAUCUCACCCCAGCAUCUUUCACUGAGGAGCUCACUCUGGUUGGCCAUACUGAGACGUUCAGGAGCGGAGACCAACCUCUCUGCAUGUGUCUGGGUUCUUCCUGAUUCACCCCUUCAUCUCCAGCUCCAGCAGCAGCAGAGCCCCAUCAUCUCCUCACAGCACCAGCCGAGCCCUGUCUAUACAGACACAGUCUUUAAAGAGCCAAGAGCUUUGCUGAGGGACCAUAAAGCCAGUGGGAAAUGAACAGACAUCUGGACACACAAGGGUCAGGAGAACAUAGGAUGGGGAAGUCUGGCAUUUAACAGCCUCUCUGCUUUUCCUGGUGAAGAUAAUAUAAUCUGAUCACAUUUUGAUGUUUUAUACCCAAUUGCAUUUCUGAAGUUUUUUCAACAUUUACUGCUCUUCUAUCAGCUUUUGCUCUCAAUACCUCCGCCUAGUGAUCAGCACAUUUCCCUUUAUUCUGCAGCAGGGAGAGAGGUCUACACUCAUACAUGUCCCGCCUUCCCAGCUAAUCCUGGGGAUUUUUUCCACCAUGGGUUUAUCAAGCACAAGCAAAGUUGUAACAACAAAGUUAAAUGAAACAGCAGGAGAGGACAGAGCUAUUGCCAGAGGUGCCUUCGGGAGUGCACAGCACUUUAUCUGAUAUACCUCUGAACCAGGAGCUUUCAGCAACAGCUGCCUUUGGAAGGACUGAGGUCCCUCCCCAUGUAAAACAAACCUCUAGGACUUACUACUCUUCUGGAUCCAGAGACAAGCACGAUCCUGGUAUGUGUGCUACAGUGCAUUUAAGGCUGAAUGAUUACACUGUGGGGGAAAAAACCAAACACCAAAUUAAACUUGACAAAAGACUUCUGUACUAGCUGUAAAGAUUUAUGUAAUGUGUUAUUAAAGCUCAAGUGAACCAUCAAAUCAGUUGAGAGAAAAAUUGAAAAAAUCAGGCUUUGUUAUUAGACUGUUGAGUAUAAAAGGCAAUUUAGUGCUUUCGAAGCAUUUGCAGUAGCUGUAAAACAAGCACCUAUUGUUCAGAGUUCCCUGGUGCUCUUUAACGGACCAGGCUUAAUGAAAUCACUGGAGCACAUUUUUAAAGGAAAAAAAAAAAGAAGAAGAAAAAAAAGUCAGCAUACAAGAUAACCAAAUUACCAAGUUUUGUCUGAAAAUCAUCAGGAUGAGACACCAUCAGUGCCUGCUAACCCCUCCACAACAUACCAUUUUAGGUCUUACCAGAGAGCAGAAGCCAAGGUCUUCUUACAGAAGAAAUGUUUCUAAAGGCAUAAGGGUAUAUUCAGCUCCUCAGUUAUACCAACAGAAAUUGAAAAUAACAAAUUGGGUCCCUUGAGUAGUUCCACAGAUGGGCCAUGACACAUGAAACCAACACUGAUCCUUGUGAGUACUUCGUAUAACUCAUAUUUGUUGGUGUUCACGUGCAAAUACUGAAGGGUAAAUCCAAUUGCAAUAUGAUUUGUUUGACCUUAAUGCAAGCAUUGUGUGUAUGGUAAAAGAUUUUGAUCUGUAAAAGCAAAAUUUGAUGGCAGACCUUUAAGAAGCUCACUAGCUUCAGGAGAACUACAGCUCAUUAUCUUUUGAAAAGUGCAUCUUUCUUCCUCAGAAAUGUCAUACCUCUGAAUCAAUUCACAUUCUCAUUCAAAAAUCAAGUGUCUUAACUCUCACCUAUUUUUUUGUAUACUAUGCAAUGGAGGUGGGUGUAUUUUAAAAACUAUUUCUGAAUGAUGUUUUUAUACAAUGACUGAUUGUGAAUGAGUGAAUAAUUCUAAAAUUGUGUUAGAAAAAGAACUUCUUUGUAAAUACUGUAAGAUUUUGGAAGAAAAAAAAUAGCCCAAAACUGUCCCUUCAACACUUUGCCUUUCUUGACUAAUUGCUGCAUCGAAGUGUGAUAAACAGUGUUUGAAGCUUGUGCUGAUUAAUUAUCAGAAAGACAAAUGAUAACAUUGUUUAGAAAUGGCAAAGUUGUCAGCAUGUAAAUUAAGGACAUUAAAUGCAUCACAUGAGA